UUAACAUGACCUGCUAUGUUAUGACUUGGCGAAUCGUAACCCUCCUAUUUUCGGUUUGUAAUCAGGACGAUCAAUACCACUCAGUGAUCACGCCUGGUCCAAGUACAGCUUUGUGAGUUGUACUGGGAGGGCCCACUGGAGGAAUCAGUGAGACUGAAGAUGUAGACACUCCCACCAACUUCCCCAACAUGUUGCCAGAACCAACAACACCCAAGCAGCCAUUCCAGCUUAUCCUCUUCUUCUGCUUCCUGUUUGUUGCUACAAGCUUUGUGAACAAGUAUGUGUUGUCAGUCCUCAAGUUCACCUAUCCAACUAUAUUUCAAGGAUGGCAGACUCUGGUGGGAGCGUUGUUGUUACGUAUCCUCAUGGUCACCGGACAUCUGGAGAAUCUGCUGUCUACAGUCAGAAGGCAGGACGUAGCAGUAUGGCUGCCAGGAAUGAUGCUGUUUGUCACCUCCAUAUACUCUGGAUCCAGAGCUCUUGCAAAUCUGCCAGUGCCAGUUUUCUUCUCUUUGCAAAACCUGACUUUAGUGAUCAAGUGGACGGGAGAGCUUGCCAUCAACAGACAGCUGACUGGCAUCUAUGUGUACGGUAUGCUGAUGCUGACCACCGUGUCCUCCGUCGCCAUCAUCAAGACAGACCCCCAGUUGAACUCUGAGGGAUACUUCUGGAUGAGCAUCCAUGUGAUCAGUAGUGGUUUAAUUGAUAUUUACACAAACUUGAUGCAAGGGAGAUUAAAACUCAACUCUCUGGAGAGGUUAUAUUCCAGCUACAUAUACAGUGUGAUAAUACUUGGACCGUCCAGCUACUUUUUAGGUGACGCCCUGGAGGCUGCCAGGUUUCCCUAUUUAUACUUUGGCAAGUUUUAUGUUGGGUGUAUACUCAGUGGUGUACUGGGCAUGUUCCUGAAUCUGCUGUCUAUCAGGCUACAAGAGGAGGAGGAGCAGACUCUUGACUUCCAGGCAUCGCUGGCGAUCAGCAAGAUUGUAGGAUCCAUACUGUCCGUGCUAUUCUUUGACUUCCAAGUUGUAGCUAACCAAGCUCUAUGGAUUACUGUGAAUCAUCUGUGUGCCCUGGCCAGCAGCAAGUCCCUGACAGCCCAUACAGCAGCCCGGGUGGUGGUGGACAACGUGCUGCCCCAGACACACCCCAACAUUAGGAGGGACAACCUACAGCAGGACCUCCUGAGGACAGAGGUCGCCUGACCCCUUUCACUGCGGUGUGAAUGUAGGACUUGAUCUUUGUUUAGCAGGAGCGAGAUCUAACAUCUGACUUCAAUGAGAUUGGUAAUGUUAUAUGACUUGGGAUAAAUACAUGUAUCAUGAACAUCUCACCCGGUAGGUUACUGAGUCAUAAAUACACCGUCUUUUAGCGGACAUGUUCCAGUGCAAUAACUAAACUAAACCCUCCACACGUUCCUGAGAGUUGCUGAGAGUUCCUAGUCAUGAAGACCUUGAGACAGGAUUGUAAGAACACUAAGAGGACUAGUGUAGAGCAGAUGGGUGUGAUAUUCAGUACUGUGUAUCCAAGUUUCGACUACAUCCUGCUGACAGAAGGGGGCCAGUAGGUCGGUAUAUUAUGAGAAAGCAAGGAUUCACACAUUCUAAGAAUAUGCACAUACCAUGUGUGCAACGGAGGUAUGGUCCUUUCUGAAAUUUAAAAUUGUUGUCUAUCGUCAACGUCAUGUGAGGUAGUCUAGUGGUUCAGGUGUUGACCUAGGUUCGAUACCCCACAUGGCUAGAAUGUGUGAAGCCUUUUCUAUCUGUCCCUUGCUGGAACCCCAUGGUGACCCAAGGAUAUAUUUUGUCCCCAAUACCCUGUGCUUAGUAAGAGGUGACUAAAAUGUAUUGGAUGGUCAGACUUUGUGAAUUGGUUGGGACAUUGGUCAUAAUAUCAAUCACUGGUUGGACUGGCUCAGGCAUGAUUAUAUACAACCAUGAUAUAGCUUGAAUAUUGCUGACUGUUGCGUAAAACAGCAUUCACUCACUCAUACUUGCUGUGAUAUGGCCGAAAUGGCAUAAAACCAUAUCCAUUCCUCGCUGUGUUAUGUAUGUUAUACUGUAUUCAUUUUGUCAGCAGAGUAAGCAACAUCAUGCACAGCCUAGUGUCUUAGCAUCAUUUUAGGAGAUGUAUUUAGUUCCAUACUGAGGAAGUAAUCCAAGUAUAGGUAUCAAUGUUGUCACGUCAAGAACCUCAUGUAAAGGCAUUGUAUAAAUUGUUAUGCUUCAUGAGGGAACAAUAUAGUCCUUUUCUCUGAAAGAAAUCUCAUGCUUUUAAUGUGAACUUAUGCAUGUUAUUUAUUUGUCAAUUACAUUCAUUACCAAAGGAUACUGAGAGAUCCAAACGUGUAUUACAGCUGAUAAGGUAAAGUGGAUCUCAAACAUUGUCAUGUCCUCUGUUGGUGUCACAGCAGCUGUCAGUGCUCAGACCAGAUACAGCUGUCACUGCUGAGACCAGAUACAGCUUCUGUCUGACCCAUUGGUGUAACAGCAGCUGUCAGUGCUCAGACCAGAUACAGCUGUCACUGCUGAGACCAGAUACAGCUUCUGUCUGACCCAUUGGUAUAACAGCAGCUGUCAAUGCUCAGACCUGAUACAGCUGUCAGUGCUGAGACCAGAUACAGCUUCUGUCUGACCUGUUGGUGUCACAGCAGCUGUCAGUGCUCAGACCUGAUACAGCUGUCAGUGCUGAGACCAGAUACAGCUUCUGUCUGACCUGUUGGUGUCACAGCAGCUGUCAGUGCUCAGACCUGAUACAGCUGUCAGUGCUGAGACCAGAUACAGCUUCUGUCUGACCUGUUGGUGUAACAGCAGCUGUCAGUGCUCAGACCAGAUACAGCUUCUGUCCGACCUGUUGGUGUCACAGCAGCUGUCAGUGCUCAGACCAGAUACAGCUUCUGUCUGACCUGUUGGUGUAACAGCAGCUGUCAGUACUCAGACCAGGUACAGCUUCUGUCUGACCUGUUGGUGUAACAGCAGCUGUCAGUGCUCAGACCAGAUACAGCUUCUGUCUGACCUGUUGGUGUAACAGCAGCUGUCAGUACUCAGACCAGGUACAGCUUCUGUCUGACCUGUUGGUGUAACAGCAGCUGUCAGUGCUCAGACCUGAUACAGCUGUCAGUGCUGAGACCAGAUACAGCUUCUGUCUGACCUGUUGGUGUAACAGCAGCUGUCAGUGCUGAGACCAGAUACAGCUUCUGUCCGACCUGUUGGUGUAACAGCAGCUGUCAGUGCUCAGACCAGAUACAGCUGUCAGUGCUCAGACCAGAUACAGCUUCUGUCCGACCUGUUGGUGUAACAGCAGCUGUCAGUGCUCAGACCUGAUACAGCUGUCAGUGCUGAGACCAGAUACAGCUUCUGUCUGACCUGUUGGUGUAACAGCAGCUGUCAGUGCUGAGACCAGAUACAGCUUCUGUCCGACCUGUUGGUGUAACAGCAGCUGUCAGUGCUGAGACCAGAUACAGCUUCUGUCCGACCUGUUGGUGUAACAGCAGCUGUCAGUGCUCUGACCUGACACAGCUGUCAGUGCUCAGACCAGAUACAGCUGUCAGUGCUCAGACCAGAUACAGCUGUCACUGCUGAGAUCUGAAACAACUUCUGUCUGACCUGUUGGUGUCACAGCAGCUGUCAGUGCUCAGACCUGAUACAGCUGUCAGUGCUCAGACCAGAUACAGCUUCUGUCUGACCUGUUGGUGUAACAGCAGCUGUCAGUACUCAGACCAGAUACAGCUUCUGUCUGACCUGUUGGUGUAACAGCAGCUGUCAGUGCUCAGACCAGAUACAGCUGUCAGUGCUCAGACCAGAUACAGCUUCUGUCUGACCUGUUGGUGUCACAGCAGCUGUCAGUGCUCUGACCAGAUACAGCUUCUGUCUGACCUGUUGGUUUAACAGCAGCUGUCAGUGCUCAGACCAGAUACAGCUUCUGUCUGACCUGUUGGUGUCACAGCAGCUGUCAGUGCUCAGACCAGAUACAGCUUCUGUCUGACCUGUUGGUGUAACAGCAGCUGUCAGUGCUCAGACCAGAUACAGCUUCUGUCUGACCUGUUGGUGUAACAGCAGCUGUCAAUGCUCAGACCAGAUACAGCUUCUGUCUGACCUGUUGGUGUAACAGCAGCUGUCAGUGCUCAGACCAGAUACAGCUUCUGUCUGACCUGUUGGUGUAACAGCAGCUGUCAAUGCUCAGACCAGGUACAGCUUCUGUCUGACCUGUUGGUGUAACAGCAGCUGUCAGUGCUCAGACCAGAUACAGCUUCUGUCUGACCUGUUGGUGUAACAGCAGCUGUCAGUGCUCAGACCAGAUACAGCUUCUGUCUGACCUGUUGGUGUAACAGCAGCUGUCAAUGCUCAGACCAGAUACAGCUGUCAGUGCUCAGACCAGAUACAGCUUCUGUCUGACCUGUUGGUGUAACAGCAGCUGUCAGUGCUCAGACUAGAUACAGCUUCUGUCCGACCUGUUGGUGUAACAGCAGCUGUCAGUGCUCAGACCAGAUACAGCUUUUGUCCGACCUGUUGGUGUAACAGCAGCUGUCAGUGCUCAGACCAGAUACAGCUUCUGUCUGACCUGUUGGUGUAACAGCAGCUGUCAAUGCUCAGACCAGGUACAGCUUCUGUCUGACCUGUUGGUGUAACAGCAGCUGUCAGUGCUCAGACCAGAUACAGCUUCUGUCUGACCUGUUGGUGUAACAGCAGCUGUCAAUGCUCAGACCAGGUACAGCUUCUGUCUGACCUGUUGGUGUAACAGCAGCUGUCAGUGCUCAGACCAGAUACAGCUUCUGUCUGACCUGUUGGUGUAACAGCAGCUGUCAGUGCUCAGACCAGAUACAGCUUUUGUCCGACCUGUUGGUGUAACAGCAGCUGUCAAUGCUCAGACCAGAUACAGCUUCUGUCUGACCUGUUGGUGUCACAGCAGCUGUCAGUGCUCAGACCAGAUACAGCUUCUGUCUGACCUGUUGGUGUCACAGCAGCUGUCAGUGCUCAGACCAGAUACAGCUUCUGUCUGACCUGUUGGUGUCACAGCAGCUGUCAGUGCUCAGACCAGAUACAGCUUCUGUCUGACCUGUUGGUGUAACAGCAGCUGUCAAUGCUCAGACCAGAUACAGCUUCUGUCUGACCUGUUGGUGUAACAGCAGCUGUCAGUGCUCAGACCAGAUACAGCUUCUGUCAGACCUGUUGGUGUAACAGCAGCUGUCAAUGCUCAGACCAGAUACAGCUUCUGUCUGACCUGUUGGUGUAACAGCAGCUGUCAGUGCUCAGACCAGAUACAGCUUCUGUCUGACCUGUUGGUGUAACAGCAGCUGUCAGUGAUCAGACCAGAUACAGCUUCUGUCUGACCUGUUGGUGUAACAGCAGCUGUCAGUGCUCAGACCAGAUACAGCUUCUGUCUGACCUGUUGGUGUCACAGCAGCUGUCAGUGCUCAGACCAGAUACAGCUUCUGUCUGACCUGUUGGUGUAACAGCAGCUGUCAGUGCUCAGACCAGAUACAGCUUCUGUCUGACCUGUUGGUGUAACAGCAGCUGUCAAUGCUCAGACCUGAUACAGCUUUUGUCCGACCUGUUGGUGUAACAGCAGCUGUCAAUGCUCAGACCAGAUACAGCUUCUGUCUGACCUGUUGGUGUCACAGCAGCUGUCAGUGCUCAGACCAGAUACAGCUUCUGUCUGACCUGUUGGUGUCACAGCAGCUGUCAGUGCUCAGACCAGAUACAGCUUCUGUCUGACCUGUUGGUGUCACAGCAGCUGUCAGUGCUCAGACCAGAUACAGCUUCUGUCUGACCUGUUGGUGUAACAGCAGCUGUCAGUGCUCAGACCAGAUACAGCUUCUGUCUGACCUGUUGGUGUAACAGCAGCUGUCAAUGCUCAGACCAGGUACAGCUUCUGUCUGACCUGUUGGUGUAACAGCAGCUGUCAGUGCUCAGACCAGAUACAGCUUCUGUCAGACCUGUUGGUGUAACAGCAGCUGUCAAUGCUCAGACCAGAUACAGCUUCUGUCUGACCUGUUGGUGUAACAGCAGCUGUCAGUGCUCAGACCAGAUACAGCUUCUGUCAGACCUGUUGGUGUAACAGCAGCUGUCAGUGCUCAGACCAGAUACAGCUUCUGUCAGACCUGUUGGUGUAACAGCAGCUGUCAGUGCUCAGACCAGAUACAGCUUCUGUCUGACCUGUUGGUGUAACAGCAGCUGUCAGUACUCAGACCAGGUACAGCUUCUCCGUCUACCUUGUUACUCUUCAUUUCACAUUUGUGUUGUUUGUGUAUGGCACAAGAAAAUGACUUUUGUUUUCUUUUAUUUUUUAAAUGCUGUAUUUAUGCACAUUGUGUAACAAUAUUUGAAUCAUUGGGAGUGGGACUGUUGAGUGAGUGUUUCACCCCUCCUAAUGGUGAUCAUUGUUUAAUAAAAUAUUUUACUAAUGACA